AUUUAUUUUCAAUUAAAUCUGGUGAUUUCAACAAGAAUAAUAAUUUUAAAUCAUGAAUAUGGAAGUGGACGAGGAUAUUGAAGAAAAGUAUAAAAUACUUUUGAAUCAUGUGGUAUUGCCGCGAUUCUUGCCGCAAAACCGAUCGGAACAUUUGUGUAGCGAAGAAUUGGCUUUGGUGUCAGCGAUGGUAAAGAAUGUGACCGAAAAUGAGCUAUUGACCCAACACAUUCCACCGGCUACAAUCAAGAUGCUUAAUAUGUUGAACGAAGUACAUAAAAAUCUUUCACCAAACACCGUGUCACAACAAAUUCAAUCUCUAAAACCUGGUGACACAUUUGGGAUGUUUGUUCGUCGUCAAAAUUGUGGCAUUAUGAUUCACAUGCCAGUUGAUUUCGAUCAAUCGAAACGCGUCAUCGUGGCCACGUUUCCUGGCAAUAUUCAUCCGAAGCACAUCUACAGCAAUGACUCAGACAUCAAGUUCAAUUACCCGAUCCAAUCGCUGAACGUGCCAUUUUCAAAAUUGAUUUGCUCGGAAGAGUUUGCCGAUCAACUGUGUUUUAUGUACCAAGAUCUACCAAUCGAAACCAAAAAUCGAAACUAUGUCUCAAAAUGGCUAGUAACCCUGCUCACUGAUCAAAUCAGCAAAACUGCGACAACGAACGAAUUUCCGAUUAUUACGAAAAAAAUCCGCGACGAAGUAUUGGGCAAACAUAGUAACAAUUUCUUCAGGCGAUCCAGUUUUUACAUGUGCCUAAAAGUAUUUCUUCAACAUAAUCUCACCAUGGUGCUCGGUCAAGAUCAAGCCAAAUUACUGUACAAAUUAAUAAUGAUGCAGUUUUUGACUCGCAUGAUUGAUACCUUUCAGAAUGAAAUGCACGAAACGCUCGAUGUUGAUUUACUAACACAGUGUAUGGCAAAACUGGCCCGUCGAAUCGAAAAACUUUUAGAUUUGAUGAAACAUUCAGAGGUUCAUGAUUUUGAUGAGUUACAUCAAAAUGUCCAGUCUCAAGCGAAAAAGACAAUCCAAGAAAUUCGCCACAAAAUCAACAAUCAAAUUAACAAAUUACAGACAGAUGAUGAAAAUCGUGCACGACUAUUGCCACUCGUUGACCUUGAUUUUCAUGCUGAUGUUGAGCAAAAAAUUCCCAAGCUAUUAGGCUAUUUGGAAAAACGGAAAUGUGCAACAGAUUCGAAUCGAAAUCGGUCCGAACUUAAGGUCAAAAAGCUGUCUCGCCAUUAUAGAAAAGAAACGAAUGCACCGACUGUAUCGGUAUUUAAACAAUUAACCAAUGAAACUGAGAGAAAUCUCUACGCCAAUGAUUUCGAAAUUUGGGUAUUGUAUCAACUGAACGUUGAAUGCAUUUCAUUUCGGCCCGAUGAGCUUCGAGCAUGGAUCUUUGAUUACACAUUUGCCGUUGACAAUUUGUAUAAAGGCGAUGAAUUGGGCACAAGUCGAAUGAUUUUGGUAUAUUUAAAAUUGAUCGCCGCACUUGAUAAGAUUGCAUGCAGAACAUAUCCAAUUCUUAAACAACAUCGAACAAGCAUCAAUCCAAACAUAAUAAAUUCGUUAUUGUUACCUCAACGUGAAGAUAUGGCCAUUGCUUUUGAGCUUGAGCAAUAUUUCAAGAAGCGAAACGCUAAUGCCACAGGUCCCGGGCUCAUUGAGGAGAAAAGUGUAUCGGUUAAUUCAUUUUCUGUUAAAUUUGCCGAACAAAGUGCCGAUAUGCAAAACGUUGUUACUCAAAUUAAACGAAUUGAAGAGCAUGGUAUUGCAUGCAAGCGACAAGAGUGGCAAUGUGGUCGGGAUGAAGUUCAAAGUCUACGAAAUCAAGAUCAACGUAUGGUACAUACAAAUUAUACAAAUUAUCGUUAUGGCUAUACGAGACACGAUAAAUUUUGUAAAAAAUGUGUCGUUGAAAAAGAGAUAAGGAACAUGAGGAUUGACAUGUAUGAACGUCCACUUCCAACCGAGACAUAUGAACAAAAUGCUGUUGCCUUUGAGCUAAGAUGCCCAAUUGAAAUUGCUUGUUUGCGAGAUGUUUUGUUCAGUUUCACAAAAUUGUGCGAAAAUCCAAAAGGUUUUGAAUUCGCCAGUCUGGUAGAUGCCGCAAAUAGGAGAGGUUGGGUUGCCUACCACCAAAUUAAUCAGUUCAAUGUAUCUAACAGCAUGUUCAUUUCACUUGGAGGAAGCAAUUCAUCGUAUAAAUACAAAGAGCAUGUGGAUAGUAGCUUUGAAUGUUUUGUUGUUAAAAAUGGCAUCGGUUGUACUUUUUAUGGCUCACAAUCAACAUUACCUUCUGCUAUAUCGGAUGAGUGCAUCAACACCGUUUGUACAUUGCCCGUGGAAAAUGAAUAUAAAUCAUUGCAAUGGACUUUAAAUGGAACGCACCACACGCAAAAUGAGGUUUUAUCGCGACAAAAUGAAUGCCACGAAAGAUUAACAUUGUCGGAAUUCAAAAAUUUCGGUUCGCUUCGUGCUGAUGGUCAUCGGUUACAGCUCAGAAAAUUGUACGCUAUGAUCGAAACUGAAGCACUUUCAUUGGAACAGUCUUCAGUUCUGUCGCUUGUCAUUCAAACUCUUUGGGAGGCCGGAAUUGCUGGAGAUGAUGGCGCAAUUCGAGAAUCUCACACAGACUUCAAUGACUCCAAAUUCGCCGCAGCAAUGAUUGAAUUACUUGACAAAUUUUGCGAACAACAAAAGAAGAACUGGGUGCAUCCAAAUAAAUUGCUGAUUGCCGCUUUGAUCGCGGUUCGAGUGUUCGAGAUGAACGACGACGAAACGUUGGCCGAUCAAAUUGUGAAUCUUUUGGACAAAAUUCGGAGCAUUGCAUUUGACUGGAUUGAGAAAAUUACACAUGCAAUUAAAGAGUCGACCAAUUCAAGUCUUCACAGCGAUAAGCAAUUGCACAUGAAGCUAUUGUCUGUUUCGAUAGCCGGAGCAAUGACAUUUUUCAUCAACUACAAUCAUACAUUUUUUGAGAAAAUUUUCGUCGAAAACAAACAAACCAAGUAUUCUGCGCCACGCGUAUGGAUUCAAUUUAUCAUAACUAUGAACAACAAUAUUUUAUCAAACGCCAAUCAGAAUGAAAUGCCCUUAAACCUGCGACUGCUGCUGCGAAUGGUGCGAAACAUUGGAAUUCAUAUUGAGCCAACAAUAAGAUCGAUGAUCGAGGGAUGCAUGCCAAUGCCGAAUGACAUUUACAGAUUGGUGAAACAGUUAUGGUCUCGUGUGGAUUGUGCACGGUCGAUUCAAUCAUAUUUCUAUUCUGAUUAUCCACAAACUCUGGUAUUUGAAGUAUUGUUGAAGGGCUUCGCAAACUACAUUACAAUUGACAUUAUAACCGGUGAAUUUUUGGUAAAUAAUAGGCCAGUUGUGCAUUCACCAACUACUAUAACCGAAGCAGAAAUAUUCCAAAGAACAUUUGGCAACUUUGUAUUUGCUGUUCAGCCCGAUUCGGCCUACACAUUCUCAACCGUUCAGAAGUACAAUAAUUGCAACUACGAAUUUCAGUGUGAAAACGAAACACUUAUAAUUGAGCGACGUGACGGAAUCGAAAAAGAAAUUGUUCCACCUUCCGUUCUAGCAAACGAAAUUCCCCAUCAUUUGAUUGAAAAUUACAGCCACUUUUGGAAUAAGCAAACAAACGUCAUUGAAUUUCGGCCGAAAUUGUUUAGCGACAAAAAUUUCUCGAAUCAAGAUGGAAUUGAAUAUCAACUGGAUUUAAAUGAACGCCGAUUGAUUCACAUGAAAACGCAACGACUCAUGUUGGAUAUCACCAGUGGCAGCUAUUUAAAAAUUGCAACGCAUUUAUCGCGAUUGGAAGUGCCGAAAUUCAUUCACGUUCUUAUGGAUAAACCGCAGGUAGCAACGGUCGAAUUGAUUCGAAUGCGCCUGAAGUUCACUGUUGAUGCUUCGGCACGGCGGCAAAUCUACGAUAUGGAAUCCAAUGAAUUUGCGGGAAUGCGAGUGGGACUCGCGCAAAAAUGUGGCACUUUAUAUGGUUUUCAUCACGGACUCCUGUUAGAAAGUAUGCCAAAUGAAAAUUCAAUAACAAACGCUUCGAAAAAACUACUGAUCAUUCCACAUGGAGAAAUUCAGACGGAGCACACCAAUUUGCAUGUUUCAGUCAAAGUAAAGAUCAAUGGAGAUCUCCGAAACCCACCAUUCCACCAGUAUGAAAUCGAUGAGUUUUGCUCUCAAAUUAAAGCUAGCAGUAGCAAUUACUCGGCAUGGUUCUUUUUGGCUUACUUACACGCAGUCACAUCGCACGGUGAAAUGGAACCAUUCACCAAAAUGUCUGGCACUGAAUGCGCUUUACAAAUAUUACAAUCGGGUUUUGCAUGGGCGUCGGCGCCAUACGACGAAGAUGCAACCAAAAUGCUGGAUGCCAUCGCCAAAUUAUCGCCGAACCGAAAAAUGAAAGAAUUUUAUCAACAAGUUGAAUGGCCAUCGAUCAUUCCGCCACGUUCGGCACAAGACACAUACAUUUUGAUUGCGCAUCGAUUGCUGGAAGACAGUCAACGAUUGCAUGAAUUGUAUUUUAUACCAAAGAUGAAAACUUUAACAACAAACAUUCUCAAUAAACGACAAUACCUUCGAUCUUUACCGUUCAUUCCAAAUCUUAGAAUAUCCGAAACAUUCGCAAAAUAUGAAAAGCUUCGAACAUCGAAGGCAAGCUUUCCGUUCGAAACCCCGUCGAAUGAAACACGAACCAUUUCGGUUCUCUAUCAUAACCAAAAAUACGUAGUACCGAAAGGAUUGAAUUUGAAAGGAUUUCUGAUGUCAAAUGACACAUUGGACGGUACAGCGAAUAUGGAAAAUGUAAAACUUUUGUUACAUCAUCAAAUUUAUCAAAAAUUCGUGGAUCUUUGGAUACCAUUAUAUGAGUAUGCUCGAAGAGGAAUGUUCAACAAAGAACAAUUUGCACUUAUUUGGAGUGUUCUGUCGCAUGAAAACAAUUCGCUAGAUCCAAUUUUGGCAUUGCAGGCAAUUCAAAUGAAUCCACAAGCUUUUUGUUCAAUCGAUCUUCCGCCGAUUGAAAAAUACCAAAUUGGCGAAGGAAUGGAGUAUGAUGUGAAUGUGGUCAGAAAUAUUUUGGGCAGUUAUCAUACACGUCCUUUUUCCCUAUAUUAUUCUAUGGACUCACCUGAAAGACUAGCAUAUGAUGAACGCAUUAAACAAGCUAUUGAGAAUAUGAUUUCUUCAAUAAAUUGGCCCUGCGAUGGAAUCAAGCUUCACUGUGACGUCAGUGAAAUAAACGUGGCCGAAGCCAGCCUGGCAAUCAGUCAACGGCUCAAAAUUUGGAAUAACAAUCGAAAACUUGCGUUAUUUAUUCAACAAGUUCAAGAGACUUUGGAAUGUUUACCAGCAUCUGAUCCGUUAACAUUCAAUGAAUUGAAAUAUGUUGAAUUUUGUUCAAUGGAUUGGCAAAAGUAUGAAAUUGAUUAUAAAAUGAAAAUGUGUGAACGCAUCGAUGAUUUUGAGGAGGUAAUUCAAGAAGCGCAAAGUAUUUGGGUGGAAAAUUCGGCAAAUUUAGUAAAAUCAGUUGACUUUUGGUGGUCAGUUUACGAAAAUAUUGUAAAUGGAUCAAAUUCACAACAUUUAAUCGAUGCCGGAAUGUUUCCGCGUGCCGUGCCAAGCCUAGUAUUACCGGCAAUCACUGCGAAAGAAGACAAUCCGUUGAAGAUGGUAGUCGGCGCUUUAGCAGUGACAAUAGUGCAUGAACAACGACAAAAACGAAUUGCCCUCUAUUCGCAACAAGACCAUCUGAAGGGAGCAUUGACAAGAGAAAUGCAAAAUGAACCGCACGUCAAUUGGAAACCAUGCGAAUAUCCCGAAUGGGUGCUGUUCGAAAUCGAACAGAACUUGAUGAUUCGUCGCAUUCAAGUCGAUGUCGCGAGACAAAUGAUGGCCCCACAGAAAAAUUGUGAGAAAAAACAUUCGGUGAUGCAGUUGAACAUGGGCGAAGGAAAGACCGCCGUUAUUACACCAAUUGUGGCUGCAAUUUUGGCCAAUGGCAAAGAAGCAUGCCAAAUAACAGUUUUGAAACCAUUAUUUGCCACAAACUUGAAAUCGCUGCGACGCUAUUUGGGCGGAAUGCUUAAACGGAGAUUGUAUAUCUUUCCUUGCCGCAGAAAUAUGAAAAUUGAGAAACAUGUCAGCGAAAUGCUUAAGAUUUAUGAGGAGUGCAAGCAAAUGAAAGGUAUCAUUCUCACAUUGCCCGAAUAUCGGCUAUCAUUUCAACUGAAGAUUUACGAAUCAAUUCAAAAGUCCGAUUAUAGAGCAGCCGCUUAUUUCUUGCAAGUUCAUAAAUGGAUCGAGGCGAAUGUGCGAAACAUUUUGGACGAAUCUGAUGCGAUUUUACAUCCAAAAUAUCAGUUAGUCUAUACGUUGGGUACUCAGUCUUCUCUUGAAGAAAAUCGUUGGCUCAUUGCUCAAGCUGUGCUAAAGCGUAUUCCAUACCACAUGAAAAAGCUGUACAUUCAAUUUGGUCCCGAGAAGAUUGAGUUUGAUGAGAAUUACAUUAAAAAAGGUCAAAUUUUUGGAGCACCAAAGGUGAAUCAUCGUGAUGAUGUGUUUACACCAUGCCGAAUUUUAGAUGGAUCAGUUUACGAGGAAUUAAAAUCAUUGCUUAUCGAAGAUUUUCUUAGCGGUCGCAUUAAUAUCGCAUUCCAAGAAAUGAAACCAAACACUAAAAAUGAAUUACGAUUUUUAUUAAGAGAAAAAUCUAUUGAUAAAAAUACAUUCCAUCAAAUUAUGGACGUAUUUUUGACGGAAGAACGUGACAUUAUCAUGAUUUUGAGCGGUCUGCUGCGCUUUGAAAUUCUAAAAUUAGUUUUAAUGAAGCGUUGGCGCGUUAACUAUGGAGUGAACGAGAAAGGGCAACGAAAAACCUUACGAGAAGGCGGCCGAAAAAUGGCAAUACCAUUCAAAGCAAAAGACGUCGCCGCUGAACAAACUGAAUUUGGUCAUCCCGACGUCGCGAUAUGAGCUAUUACUAUUCAGGGCUCAACAACGAUCAACUCAAAGAAACAUUCAAUGCUUUGUCAAUGUGUCACAAUGCGCCGGCAAUUUACAAUAAAUGGGCGGAAAGUGUUUCAUCGUCACUAAUCGACG